AAGAUAUUUUAAAUGUCAAAAGUGUCAAACAGUUUGGCCCUCAGUGGAAAUAUUCAGUUUCAGAAUUUUUAAUUUAUUGCUAGACUACAGUGGAAAUUCUUAUAAUUUUCCAGUAAAAUGAUGCAACAUCAGUACUGGGUAACUAAAAAGACUGUGCUAAAAAAACUAGGAACCAAAGAAGAUGAGUGUAUUGUUGCGUCCGAUGCCGAGCUUGAUGCUAAAUUGGAAUUAUUUCGAUCAAUAUCAGACAGCUGCUUACAAUUACAGCGAGUUUUGGACCAAUAUCAGGAAAGAUUAUGUAUUUUGGCUCAAGAGGAGAAUUCUUUAGGAAAAUUCUUGCGCGAUGCGGGGAAAAGUGCGGACGCAUCCGGUAAACACAUGAUAUCUGCGGGCAAAGCAAUAUCCUAUUCAGGACAACAGCGGUUAUCAGUGCGGGGGCCGCUUUUGAGGCUUUAUCAUGAAGUGGAGACGUUUCGAGGUCGCGCCGUGAGUGAUAUGCGGGCGACUGUAUCGGCUAUGGAGAAGGCUCGAAUCGAGUACCGCGCUGCCCUAAGCUGGAUGAAAUCGACAAGCGCUCAGCUAGACCCCGAUACAGGACGCGGCCUUGACAACUUCCGAAAGGCGCAGCGACAAGUACGCGAGAGUAAAAAACUCUUUGAUAAACUGACACUGGAUGUUCUGCAAAAAAUUGACCUUUUAGCUGCAGCAAGGUGCAACAUGUUUUCCCAUGUUCUAUCAAACUACCAAGGUUCUUUUGUAACUUUUGCUACUAAAGUAGCUCAAACACUGGUAGCUACCGCGGACACUAUGAAUGCAGCACCACAGUACGAGUUUUGUAUACUGAAGGAAUUGUCCCAGAAUUUGGGUGAGGGAGAUGCCAAGCAAGAUGUGGUGCCGCAGGAUAAAGACCAGAUGCUGUUCUUCCAGGAUGAAUUCAAGGACGAAAAUCAAGAAAACAGUAGCAAACCGAAAGUCCAAAACGCAAAACCUAAAACUGACAACGAAGAAGAGAAACAACCGUCCAGUGAGAAAGAAGCUAAGCCAAGCACAUCAUUGAACCUUAUUGACACAAGCUAUAUGGAAUCUGAGUUGAACAGCAGUAAUGCGGGCAUACUGUCUGAAUUAGCUGGCCUGCAGUUGGACUGCGGUGACCCACAAGGAGGUUUUGGUACAUUUUUACCUUCACAGUUGUUACAGAAUUCAUCCAGCUUACUGCAAGGUCCAAUGGCUCCUGUCAGCAGCAACAACAAUCAGGCACCAAAAUCUCCUCAGAAUGUCUCCAAGCCAAGUCCAAGUACCACCAUCCCAAAAAAAGAGGACAAAGCUGCAUGGUUCAAACUUUUUGCUGAAUUAGAUCCCCUCGCUAACCCCGAUAACCUACCCGGAUCAAACUCUAACCACAGCCAUGCGGCUUAAAGUAAAUCAAUUAUAGUCAAAUGAGCUUAGACUAUUACAAUACAUUCUAUUAGCUGAACACAUAUGUAACACACUAAAAUAGAUUGAACACCAGCUCUCUUAAAAAAUAAAGUUAGUACUUAAUUGUCAUGAAAAUCUAUACACAGUGAUAAGUGAUUAAAUUGACAUGAAGGCAAUUUUAUUUUGAUAUAAUGUAGGAGAAUUUUGAAAAUAUUUAAACAAAAAUGUAAUUGAUAUAACUACAACAAUGAAUGUAUUACAUACGGACAUGCUCAUUAGCUUACACUAUUUAUAAUCAUGUAUUUUAUGUACAUUUUAUAUACUGUGCUCUAUACAUGACUAUCUUAUUCACAAUGAUCUGUUUAUGUGACAAUUUACCUAUAGAUAAUCGAAUAUUACUUAUUUCAUAGUUAAUCAUAGUGUAUAAGUUGUAUUCGUUUUGUGUGAUUGAUUUCCUAUUUAAAUUGUUAUCAUAGGUCUAGUCUAAAGUCUAGAAUAUUGUACUUAAUUUUAUAACCAAAGAUUAGUGUUAUUAACUGAAUUGUUAUUAUAUUUGAAGGUGCAGUAGUAUUCUUUGCAAGUGUGAGUUUCAAAUUUAUGUUGAAAAAUUAUCAAAUCAUAAAAUGUACAUUCCAAGAAAUUGUGUUAAAUCAUGUCAAGGUCUACUUUGAACUGUACUCUAUACAGUACAUAUUUAAACAAACCACAUAAAACGAUUGCAUUUUAAUUUGGUUUGGAAACAACGCAAAAGCAUUUUCGACAAUAAAUAAACUUAAUACUUAAAUCCAUAAAUCAAACUAAUGUUUCUAAAAAAAACAAAAAUGCUAUUUUUUAUUUUUCUUUUACAAAAAAUGUAUCUAGUCAUACGAAUCUUAUGUUUCGAAGUUAAUUAUACCAAAAAUAAAAUGCUUUAUGUAUUUUACGUAACUAUAUUGUUUUAGUUGUAGUUUUUAUUUUCAUAUUUUAUUAUUAUAUAGUAUUAUGUGCAUUCCAAUUUUGAUCUAUAAAUUAAACCUAAAUGUAACCUGUAA